AUGGCGGCACACCCACGGCUCCGGGCGAUUCGAGCCCCGAAAGCGCCGCUCCGCCCCGGGCCGCGCUCAAGGCGCGCCCGCAGCCGCGCCCGCGGCGCCCCGAGGCGCGGAGCGGAGCCCGAGUGCCACCUGCCGGGGCCGCAGCUGGAAACCGCUGGAAACCGCUGGGCACGGCGGAAACCCGGCCCGGGAACAGGGCCAGAGGAGCUGGGGCAGCUGCUUGGCUGGAGAGGAAAAAGAACGCACAUUCCCUCUAAGUCCACGCAGAAUUCAUGCAGCCUCAGAGAAAUAGCAGGAAGCCAGCAUCUUAAUUACCAACCUGAUCUCAGUGAAAACAAGGUUUAUACAUUUGAUUAUGAAACCACACUUCUCAGUGGACUUCCAGAGAAAGGACUUGCAAGAGCUGGAAUAAGAAUAAAAUGUAAAGUGGAAAUUAGUGGUAUUGGGCCAAAACUUUGUCUUAUUAGGAUCCACUCGAUCGAAGCUGCAGAGUACAAUGGUGCCUGGCCCACGAGUUCAUUCUCUCGAUCACUGAAACUGACCCAGGUCCUGACUGGGCAGCUCAGUAUCCCCAUCAAGUUUGAGUACAGCAGUGGCCACGUUGGAAACAUUUUGGCUCCUGAUUCUGUCUCGGAUGAUGCUCUGAACAUUUACAGAGGGAUUAUGAAUGUGCUGGAGCUGAGCAUAAAGAAGACACAGAAUUCAUACAGUUUACAGGAGGCUGGGAUUGGAGGUAUUUGUAACACAACAUAUGCAAUUCAGGAAAACAAGAGAGCAAACCUAGUCUAUGUGACCAAAUCCAAGGACCUGAACAGCUGUGAAGAGAAAGUUCAAAUUGUCACAGGUUCAGCAUACACUCAUCCAUGCAAGACCUGCCAGCAGAGGAACGAGAAUUCCCGUGCAACCGCUACUUACAAUUAUAAAAUUAAAUAUAUGCGUAGUGAAGCUGUAAUUACACAAGCUGACAUCGAGGAAAUCCACCAGUUUUCACCCUUCAAUGAGAUAACAGGAGGAAACGCUAUCGUAGAAGCAAGGCAGAAACUUGUUUUGACUGAUGUGCAGAAGCAAAGGGCAGAGGUACCACCAAAAGAGUACCAGAAUCGUGGGUCUCUUCAGUAUCAGUUUGGCAGUGAAUUGCUUCAGCUUCCUGUCCACUUAUUCAAAAUAAAAGAUGUGGAAAGCCAGAUAGAGGAAAGUCUGCAAGAAUUAGUAGAGGCCACCUCUGACCAACUUCCCAGUGAUGCACCAGCAAAAGCUCUCAAGCUUCUGCACCUCUUCCGUGCAGCAAAUGAGGAGAAUUACGAAUCAGUGUGGAAGCACCUCUCCAACCGACCAGCAUACAGGCGCCACAUUUUGGAUAUAAUUCCUGCAGUGGCCAGCCAUCGUGCACUCAGGUUCCUGCGGCAUAAAAUGGAAAGGCAGGAGCUCACCAACUGGGAGGUGACUCAAACAGUGCUCGUGGCUCUGCACUCCAGCACUCCAACUCGGGAUGUGAUGGAGGAAGCAACGGUCAUCGUAAAGAAACAUUGCCCACGCUCAAGCUCUGUGCUUGGCAAGGUUUGCCACCUCAGCUACGCGUCGCUGUGCCACAAACAGUGUUCCUCAUCAGACUCCUGCUCCGAAUGUCUCCAGCUUCUUCAUAGCUUUGCAGGAGAGGCAUUGAGCAAGUCUAGCACAGAAGAAAUUUCCCUGGCUUUGAAAGCCCUUGGGAAUGUAGGACAUCCAGCCAGCAUCAAGCACAUCAAGAAGUUUUUGCCAGGAUAUGCAGCGGGUGCCUCAGAUUUGCCACUCAGGGUCCAUGCAACUGCUGUGAUGGCCCUGAAAAACAUAGGCCUGAAAGACCCCAAAAUGGUCCAGGCUAUCACCCUUGAGAUUUUCCUGAAUCAAAAAAUUCAUCCUCGAAUCCGAAUGUUAGCUGCGGUGGUUUUGCUUGAAACCAAGCCAGGUCUUCCAAUCGUGAUGACAUUAGCUGAUGCUGUGCUGAAGGAACCUAGUAUGCAAGUGGCAAGUUUCAUCUACUCUCACUUGAGGGCCCUGGGUAGAAGCACAGAUCCAGAUCUUCAACUGAUGGCUUCUGCCUGCAGAAUGGCUAUCAGAGCGCUAAGUCCCAAAUUUGACAGAUCUGGAUAUCAGUUCAGCAAGGUUUUCCGCUUCAGUAUCUUUAAAGAUUUCCUUAUGAGUGGGCUGGCAGCUAAAUAUUUGGUAUUGAAUAAUGCGGGUAGCUUAAUUCCAGCUAUGGCAAUGUCCCAGCUACGGACACAUUUCCUUGGAAGAGUGGCUGAUCCAUUGGAGGUAGGAAUAGCUGUUGAAGGACUGCAGGAGAUGUUUGCUAAAGGUUACUCUCCAGACAGGGACUGGGAGACCCAAUAUGACUUCAAGAAAAUCCUGAAAACGCUCUCUGACUGGAAGGCAUUCUCCAGUGACAAACCUUUUGCAUCAGGCUACUUGAAGAUGUUUGGCCAAGAGCUGUUUUUUGGUGGACUUGAUAAAUAUGCCAUCCAAAAUGCACUGCAGGCAUGGUAUGGAUCUGAUGAAAAAAUCCCUUCACUAAGGAGAAUAAUCAGUAGCCUUCAAAGUGGUGUAGGGAGGCAGUGGACCAAAGCUCUCCUGUCCUCUGAGAUCCGCCGCAUUGUGCCCACCUGCACUGGCUUCCCAACAGAGGCCAGCUUCUAUUACUCUUCUGUCACAAAAGUGUCAGGAAAUGUUCAAGCACAGAUUACACCUUCCCCCAAGUCUGAUUUCAGAUUGACUGAGUUACUAAAUGCCAAUAUUAAGCUGAGAUCCAAAAUGAGUCUAAGCAUGGCCAAGGAGGUGACCUUUGUAAUGGGAAUCAACACACACACAGUCCAGGCAGGGCUGGAGGCACGCACCAAAAUGGAUGUUCAUGUACCUGUGAAUGUUGUUGCCACUAUCCAGAUGAGGGAAAAAAAUAUCAAAAUUGAAAUUCCACCAUGUAAAGAUGAGACUAACAUAAUUAGCGUAAGGUCCAAGACAUUUGCUGUUACACGAAAUAUUGGGGAUUUGUCUGCUAGUAAGAUGACUCCAGUUCUUUUACCUGAAGCAGUGACCGACAUAAUGAAGACGUCCUUCAAUUCAGAUUCUGCAUCAGGCGAGAUUGAUAGCACGGAGGAUAGACAGUCUGCAGAGGAUGUUUCAUCAGGAAAUCCCUUUUCUUCUGGACACUCUUCUUCCCGAAAAGAGCCAUUUGUUCAGUCUGUGUGCUUCAAUGCAAGUACAUUUGGAGUUCAAGUGUGCAUUGAGAAAAAAAGCAUACACGCAGCAUUUAUCAAAAAUGUGCCUCUUUAUUACCUAGUUGGAGAGCACGCCCUGAGAAUGACCUUCAAGCCAGUUUACACCGAGGCACCUAUUGAAAAAAUACAAGUCACAAUUCAAGCAGGAGACCAAGCUCCUACAAAAAUGAUACGUCUGGUAACAUUUGAAGAUCCAGAAGCACAAGCAUCUUCCAGAAAACAAGCAAUCAAAAAAGUGAAGAAAAUCCUUGCAGACACUGAUGAUCAGGGGACAAGAAAAUAUAGGAGCUCAUCAUCCAGUGCCAGCAGCGCCAGUGGAAGUGCCGAGAGUACAACGAGCAGCCCUUCCAGCAGCGACUCUGAUGACAGAGCAUCACAGGGAGGCACCCAGAUAAAUCUGAAAACAGCACAGCCUAAAGCCAAAGGAAAGAAGUUCUACCCCUUUGGGGACAGUGGCAGCAGCAGCAGUAGUGGUAGCAGCAGCAAAAGCAGUAGUAGUAGCAGCAGUGGCAGUAGUAGUGAUAGUAGUAGCAGUGGCAGUAGUAGUAGUAAGAGCAGCAGUAGUAGUAGUAAGAGUAGCAGUAGUAGCAGCAAGAGUAGCAGUAGUAGUAGUAGUAGUAAGAGCGGCAGUAGUAGCAGCAAAAGCAGCAGUAGUAACAGCAAAAGCAGCAGUAGUAACAGCAAGAGCAGCAGUAGUAACAGCAAGAGCAGUAGUAGUAACAGCAAGAGCAGCAGUAGUAGCAGCAAGAGCAGCAGCAGUGGUAGCAAGAGCAGCAGCAGUGGUAGCAAGAGCAGCAGCAGUGGUAGCAAGAGCAGCAGCAGUGGUAGCAAGAGUAGCAGUAGCAAGAGUAGCAGUAGCAAAAGCAGUAGUAGCAGCAGCCAGAGCAGCAGCAGCAGCAGGAGUAGCAGCAGCAAAGGCAGUAGCAGAGGCAGUGCAGGUAGCAGCAGCAGUAGCAAAGCAUCUGGUAUAAAGCUUAAGGCUAAGAAGCAAUCCAAAACCACAUCAUUUCCGCUUGCCAGCGCUGCUGAAGGAGAGAGAAGUGCCCGUGAGCAGAAGUCUAAAACACAGAGUAGCAGCAGCAGCAGUGAAAGCAGUGGUGCUUCCCAUUGGCACAGCAAAUCUGACAAACGGGCUGAGAGGAAUCACGCCAAGUCCCAAGUGAGUAGCAGUAGUCACGACAUUUCCACAGAAUGGGAAUCUCACCUUCCAAAAGUAUACAGUCUCCGCUUCAAAUCUGCUCACAUCCACUGGCAUCCCGAUCAUAAAGGAUCAAGCAGCUCAUCAUCAUCUUCCUCUGAGCUGGGAAGCAGUCACAGAAACAGCAGCAGUAGCAGUGGCAGCAGCAGUAGCAGCAGCAGCAGCAGCCACCAUCACCACCACCAUGGAGAAAAUUCUGCCCACAACUCAAGGAGGAGCAAAGGAGUCAGCAUCCACCACCACAGCCAUGGCUCCAGCCUGACACAUGAGCGCAACUUCCUGGGAGAUGUAAUUCCACCUGGCAUUACGAUUGUGGCACAGGCAGUAAGGAGUGACAACAGAAAUCAAGGUUAUCAAGCUACAGCAUAUGUUCGUUCUGAUGCUGCCAAAGUUGAUGUGCAACUAGUUGUGGUUCAGCUGGCUGAAACCAAUUGGAAAGCAUGUGCUGAUGCUGUGAUACUGCCUCUGAAAGCACAGGCCAGACUGAGAUGGGGAAAGGAGUGCCAGGAUUACAGGAUAGCAGCAGUGACUACCACAGGACAACUGGCGAAGAAGCCAGCUGCACAGCUGAAGGUGCAAUGGGGAAAUCUUCCAUCCUGGAUAAAAAAGACAAGCACAGCAUUCAUGCAAUACAUUCCUGGUGCAGCACUCGUGUUGGGCUUCUCAGAAGUACAUCAGAGAAAUCCAUCUCAUGAAUUUAUAGUAAGAGCAGCUGCAACAUCUCCACGAACAAUUGAUACGGUAAUUAAAGCUCCUGAGGUAACGCUUUAUUGUCAGGGAUUCCGAUUACCAUUCACUCUGCCCUUAGGCCCAUCUCCAGAUUACGAGACUCGAGAUAUCACUGCCUGGAAUUUAUUUCCUGAAAUAGCUUCACAAAUAGCACAAGAAGAUCAAUCCACUUGUGAAAUCAGAGAGAGAGAUUUCAAAACGUUUGAUGGCGUGAGUCAUUCAUAUUCUUUCAAUAAAAGCUGCAACCUGGUGGCAGUUCAAGACUGUACUGAACACCCAAAAUUCAUCAUUACUACAAGAAAGGUUGAUCCUCAAUCUUUCUCAAGAGAGGUUCACAUAAAUACAACAUCAGUGAACAUCACAAUCUGUCCUGCCUCAAAUUCAUCUCUCCUUGUGGCAUGCAAUGAAGAACGAGUUCUAUCACAAAGUGGAGGUUCUGAGUACAUAAAAGACAAUGUUAAAAUUUAUAAAAAUGGAAAAACUGUUACUGUGGAAGUUCCAGCACUCGGACUGAAGAAGGUGACUUUUGAUGGUGUAAAUCUUAAGGUUACGGUUGCUUCAUGGAUGAGAGGAAAGACCUGCGGAGUUUGUGGUAAUAAUGACAGAGAAAAGGAAAAUGAACUCCUCAUGCCAAACCAUAGGCUGGCACACAGCUGUUCUGCAUUUGUUCAUUCAUGGGUACUGCUAGAAGAAACCUGCUCUGGUGGGUGUAAGCUGCAGCGCAGUUAUGUGAAGCUGAAUCGAAAUCCCACUAUUGAUGGUGAGGAAUCUACGUGCUACUCUGUUGACCCAGUACUGAAAUGUAUGAAAGACUGUACUCCAAUCGAAAAAGCUUCAGUAAAGGUUGGCUUCCACUGCUUCCCAAAAGAGACUGCUGUAAGCCUGUUGGAAUGGCAGAAAAGCAGCGAUAAGAAAUCUGCAUUUGAGGAUGUUGUGGAGUCUGUGGAUGCUGACAUUGAUUGUACCUGCACUGGCAGCUGUAGUUAAGCUAAACACUUUGGUGUUGUGCUAUAGACAUACUACACAUAUAAUUGAAUAGCUGGACAGAUAAGAAGGGAACAUAAUAGCUGUAGUA